GACUUCAACUCUACACCUAAAGACAAUUCCACCACUCCACUCCUUAAUUUUCUUCUCCUAAAAUUUUUCUUCCUCCAUGCCAAAAACUAUUUUCUUCAUUUUCCAUGACUCAAAUGGAUCAAGAUAGACCCAAAAAGAAAAAAUCCAUCAGAAAAUCUUAUUUUCUUGGUUGUUUUGGAUUUUCCAUUAUUGAUAAAAACCUAUCUGUUAAUAAAUCAACCAGUGCCAAGAAAAAAAACAAGUCUUUGUUCUCUUUUUCCAAGUUUGUAAGGAAGCAUUCGUCGAUCGCGAAAACUAUUCCGGUGGACAUAUCAGAGAAGAUUGACAACCGGAGUAGUAGAGAAAUUCAUGUAGUGAAGCCGGAGAAGAAGGGUUUGGUUAAGGAUCAAAGUCAAACAAACUUACGUGAGAAGGUUAUUAAUAAGACAAAGGAUCUUAAAAUAGAGGACAUCAACCACAGAAACAACAAAAGUUUGGAUCACUUAUUAGACAACGUACGUGACUAUUCAACUUGUCGAAAUGAGUUUUCAAAAAGUGUUACAAUUUCUAGUACUCAUAAUUUGAGCCACCUUAUAAAUUCAACAAAAGACAGACAUGAGAUCAAACUUUCCCAUUCAGCAUCUCUGCCACCAACAAAACAGAAGAAAUCACCGGUGGCAACCGCCACAGAAAAAGUCAACGACGAGAGAUCAAGUCAACAACAUGAUCAAAAAAUUAAUAAUAGCAAUUUUGACUCAAUUAUUGGUAUGUCAAUUCUAAUGGUGACCCUAUUGAUAAUGUUGUUUUGGGGCAAGGCUUGUGCCAUUAUUUGUACGUGUGCUUGGUUUUAUUUUCUCCCUCGGUUUCGACAACCGGAAAAUGAAGCGAUCAUUACCGGAAAAAUUGGCGUUGCUGGCGGCGUUGAUCUGAACUCGGAGGAGUACAAGAAGAAAGUUGUGUUGGAAGGAUUUUUGGAGAGAAAUCAUAGGAAUGGUGUUGGAUUUUUGUAGGUCUUCUGCUAAUGAUUUAUUUUUUUGACGUUUUAUGGUGGGACAUUUUCUAUUCAUCUAUUUUAAAUGAAAAAAGAAUGGGAAGGGGAAAGUAAAUUAAAAGAGAGGAAGAAAAGAAAGGAGAAACACGUUUUUUUCAUUUCGAUUGAUUUUUUUGUGUAAAUGUUUGACGUGAGGUAGGAGUGUUCAAAAGAGAU